CACCACUGAACAUUUUCUUCACAAACCCUCUCGUGGUCACCGCUGUCUACAAGAUGAGUCAAGUCGCCAAAGAUCAAAAGGAACAACAGUUCACCUCUACCGUUCACCGCAUUCGCAUUACCCUUACUUCUCGUCACGUCCGUAACUUGGAGAAGGUUUGCUCUGACUUGGUCAACCGUGCCAAGGACAAGCAAUUGCGUGUUAAGGGUCCCGUUCGUCUUCCCACCAAGACCUUGAAGAUCACCACCCGUAAGACCCCUAACGGUGAAGGUUCCAAGACCUGGGAAACCUAUGAGAUGCGUAUCCAUAAGCGUCUCAUCGAUCUUCACUCUCCUUCUGAGAUUGUUAAGCAAAUCACCUCCAUCCACAUCGAGCCCGGUGUCGAGGUUGAGGUUACCAUUGCCCAGUAAAAAUGUUGUUCCAUUUUGAGCAGGGUUUUUGGUAGUUGGCAAAAAGCCAGCUAUUGCUUCAAUAAAAUCCCAAUUCGAAAACCUUUUUAAGCACAUA